UAAUAAUAAUAAUAAUUAAUAAUAGUAAUAUAAUCACACGCAAAUAACCUCUCCCCCACAAUAUCCCUAAACUGCGUUUCUACAUUCUUCUCUCCCCGAAACCCUAAUUCUCAAACUUUCUCUCUGCCAUGAAAGGAGCAAAAUCGAAGGCUGAUUCUCGCAAGGCCGAUAGCAGGCUUGCUGUGAAGAAGCAGACGAAGAAAGAGAGGAAUGCAGCUAAGGACCCAAACAAGCCAAAGAGGGCUCCAAGUGCUUUCUUCGUUUUCAUGGAAGACUUUAGGCAGCAGUACAAGGAAAAGCACCCCGGCAACAAAUCCGUUGCUGUUGUUGGUAAAGCUGGUGGUGACAAGUGGAAGUCGUUGACUGACGAGGAAAAAGCUCCCUACAUUGCCAAGGCAGGCAAGCGAAAGGAGGAGUACGAGCGUAAAAUGGAAGCAUACAACAAAAAAUUGGCUGGAGGUGAUGACGAGUCUGAUAAGUCGAAAUCGGAAGUUGAGGAAGGAAGUGAGGAGGAAGAAGACGAUGAUUGAAGUCCCGUAAAGGGUAGGGUUAUGUUAUUUUCGACUAUAUUAUAUGUAUAUUUCUUGGGUUGUAUUUCACCUACUUUAUGGUUUUAGUUGCAGCAAGUAGUUUUGCAUGAUCUUUAAUGUUUUUAAUUCUCUAUUUAGAGCAAACUCAACUUUGAUUAUGAAAACAUUCCUUCUUCUCAUUUUGUUUCGAGUUGUUCAUUUCUUCUAAUAUUUGGAGUGAUAGUUUUUUCUU